AUGCCUAGGAGGAUAGUGAUGAGGAUGGUGGCCUUCUUAGGCCUCCUCCUCAUGCUCAUGGCCACCACCACCAAAACCCAUGCCUUAAUUCCAUACCCAACAAGACCAUCAUCACUAAGUCUAUGGGACAUGACCGAUGACCCCUUCAGAAUUCUCGAACAAACCCCCUUCACCAUCCCCAGAGACGUCUCCGCCGCCGCCCUCCAAGACACGCUCGCUUUGGCACGUGCCGACUGGAAGGAGACGGCCACUGCGCACGUGAUCACAUUGGACAUUCCGGGGAUGAAGAAGGAGGACGUGAAGAUAGAGGUGGAGGAGAACAGGGUGCUCAGGAUCAGCGGAGAAAGGAAGACGGAGAAACAAGGGGAGGGUGACAAGUGGCACAGAGCUGAGAGGACAAAUGGCAAGUUCUGGAGGCAGUUCAGGCUGCCCGGGAAUGCUGACGUGGAUCAGAUCAAGGCUCAUCUUGAGGACGGGGUGCUCAGAAUUACGGUGCCAAAGUUUGCUGCGGAGAAGAAAAGGCAGCCUAAGCUCAUCGACAUUGCUCAACACACUACUUCCUCUGAUGAUGCGGAUAUCAAGGCUGCCAAGGUCGCAUGA